CAGAAGCUUGCGAUGUGAUUGUGUGUUGAUGUUUAGCUUGUAUUCUCGUUGGUACAUUUUCUAGACUGUUUGAGUCAUUAAAACACACUUUAUUUUACUGUGCGCGUACAAGCGUGCUAUGAGACACCGGAGAAAUACAGUGUAAAUUUUCCAGCUAGAUUUUCAUGGCUCUGUAGAGGAAAUGAAGCUCCUCCAGCGGUGUUUUUUACUCCUGAUAUUGACCGUCGUGAAUGGACGUCUGACUCACGGAGCUACAGAAUCAGUGGGCACUUCCUCCGUCAGUGCCACCCCACCCGAUGGGGAGCCGUUUAACACCGCUACCCCUGCCCCGAGCGAUACGGAGGCCGUGAACUCCACAGGCGUGGAGGUCCCCGCUGUUCGCGCCGUGAACUCCACCGUAAACACGACAAGCUCUGCGUCUGAAGCGCCAACUGCGGCCACGGAGGCUCCGGCUGCGACCACCGUCCAGCCUGCGGUGUCUCCACAGGCUUGUCUCUGUGAUUUAACCCCUGAUUUCUGUGACAUCGGUUGCUGCUGUGACACAGCUGACUGUGGGGUUGCUAACUUGAGCACUGUCUUCACUGGAUGCCCACAAAGAGCCAUAUCAGGCAUUUGCAUUGAGAAAUGGCUGAUGUUCAGAGCGAAUGUGGAUUCAUCUCUUAUCUCAGAGACCAACUCUUUGUUUUGUGUGCGGCCUGCAGAUAGCACAAUCCAGUCUCCCCCAGCUCAACCUCAGUAUCCAGCUUUAGGGGACUCAUACCACUUCUCUCCACAAGAGAGUACAACCGUGAGCCACAGCAGAGGUUUUUACAUGGUCGAUGAUGUCAUCCAGACAUAUUUCCCCAACUCGUCCGUGCGGGGUCUCCUCCGUCAGCCGUCUCCAGGGGUGGCUGCUUCAGCAUUUUGCAUCAAUCGCAACCCUACAAAGUUCUUGAGGUCUGGGUCUCUGUCUUGCACCCGCAUAGUGACUCCUCAGUUAUGCACAACAGAUCCAAGUCUCAGCGCCCACUCCUACUUCUCUGACCUGCAUCUCAUCAAGAUCCCAAAAGCUGAAAUGGCAUCAGUGUCAGAUUUUCUGAUCCCAGUUACCAACCUGUCAGUAUGGCCUUCACCAACCCUACAGAACAACUCCUGUAUUAAUGCAGUGCAAAAGGUGAAGUUUGUCAUACUUUACACAGGCAGAGGUGAACUCACAAGCGCAACAAUCGACGUAGUCCUAGGCAACGUGGAUCUGAAUCAGCUGUUGCUGCAGACGCACUCUGUAGAUUUCCAGCUGACCACGCCGAGCCCCACUCCUGCAGGACUGAACCCUGCAGUUGGACUUAAAGUUGGAUCUCCUCUCAUCGGUCGCUUUUUAAAUGAAGUGAUGCCUCUGACCUCAUUGGUGGUGUCACAAGGUGGGGACUGUUCCUCUGACCUAAGCACCCGAGCACCCAUCCUCUUCACGCACAACACCAUCACUGGCUGCACAUUCAGCUCUCCAGCUACUGACUGCUCAGAGCUGCGCUCACAGAUUUACGGGAUCUUGCGGGGACUCGCUACUCCUGAUGAGAUCGCCAUGAGCUCGGACUCCCAGCCGGAGUGGACGAGAGUCAUCGCACAGGAGUGUCCCGUCAGUAUGCAGGAAACAUGUGAAUCAGGCUGCGUCCUCCCUCACUCUCUCUCCAUCCAAGUGCUGUGGGCUCGCCAGGGUCUCCUUGAUCUUCCCCAGAACUACAUCCUGGGGGCCAGAUACCUUUUCCAGUGUCAAAAUUUCAAGUGUCCUCUGUUGUCCCCUCUCGCUCUGACCACCAGAGUUAUGUUCGCUGACAGUACAGUCCACCCAGAACCCCCCAGGGGCUUGUCUCAGCCUCACUGGAAGUUUCCGUUUGGCUUCUUCACGAGAGGCACCGCUGAGCUGGAUGGCCACGUUAUUAAUAACAGCAGCAGCACAGAGAAGGUCACAUGGAGUUUAAUGCUGUUCGCAGUCAUGUUGCUAACAGGAUUAGAAUUCCUGUGCAGAUAGCUCGAUGGGCAACUGUGGAGCAGACUGGGACUCAGGGAAAGUUUUCUAAAACAGUUAAUUUAUUGUUUUGAUAAUUUCACAGAAAUAAAUACAUUUUUACAAGACAGUUUGAGUCAUUAUUAGAUUGCAUCACUGAGGUAAAGACGCAC